CUAGUAGCCAAAUAGCAGCAGAAGACGCGAGCGCUAUGUGUGCGCCUAGUAACAUCAAAAAAUCUCCCCGUUGUUCUCAACUGCCGUUGAUUUGUAUUCUUUGUUGUGAUAUUCUUUAAAAUUUUGUUAACAUCUAAUUGAAAGAGAAUUUUGAGUGUUUAUCCCAAGUGUUUUUGACGAUUGCAGGCGCAUUAUAACGUCCGAUCGGAGGUGGUUUAAAAAGCUGUGCUUGCUCGCGCGUACAAUCGGUACUUGUGUCACGUGGUGGCCACCCACGUUUCAGAUUGUGGGUAAACAAGGAGGAUAGAAAAUAUUUGUGCGUGUUGCGGGGAGCGGCAAAGUACAGUGAUCGGGCGACUAUACACGUUCGUCGUCGUUUGCUUUGGUGCGGUGUGUUGUUAGGGCCGGCCAUAACCGUGGUGUGUGGAAAAAUUUUGUCUCUCACUCGACCACGAUGUCCACGUAUUCUCGCACGCAAGAAAGCGACGCGUGGGCGCUUCUCGCACUUAAAUCGGCGCCGGCGAGUCCUUUUUCCAAGGGAACACCCAUCGCAAGACUCGAGGGUCGCGAAUUUGAGUAUAUGGUACGCCAGCGACGUAUCACCAUCGGAAGAAAUAGCAGUAAAGGCCAAGUCGACGUCAAUGUGGGCCAUUCUAAUUUCAUCUCCAGGCGGCACCUAGAAGUUUUUUUUGAUCAUCCGUUCUUCUUUAUGACCUGUAAUGGCAAAAAUGGAGUUUUCGUCGAUGGGGUUUUUCAACGUAAAGGAGCACCCGCUUUUCAACUGCCAAAGACGUGCACAUUCAGAUUUCCGAGUACAAACAUAAGGCUCGUGUUUCAAUCGUUAGUUGAUGAACAAGAACAAGGCAAUGUUCGUGUGCCUUCACCGCCAAAGCAGAGAGCACCUUUGCCACCACUUCGUAUUAAUAUUCCUGACACUGGUUACAGUAGUCCAUUUCCAUCACCAACGGGGACAAUUAGUGCGGCAAAUUCAUGUCCAGCGAGUCCACGUGCCGGUCAAGGUAGACGAAAUAUAUCGGCUGAUUUACAAAUGGUCGCUGCCUAUGCGGCGGCUGUUGCUAAUGAUCCACAAAAUUCGACGAACGAAAGACACGAGGGUGGACAGAGUACAAGUCGAAUGAUGAGUCCAGAACCAGGUGCCGAAUCACGUUAUCGCGGUGGUAAUAGUUCCGGUGCUAAUGGAACGUCAGCGCGUUAUAGUCCACCGAAAGAUGAAUCGAAACCACCAUAUUCUUAUGCCCAACUUAUUGUACAAGCAAUUGCAUCGGCACAGGAUAAACAAUUAACAUUGUCCGGCAUUUAUUCGUACAUUACGAAAAAUUAUCCAUAUUAUCGAACAGCCGAUAAGGGUUGGCAAAAUUCGAUUAGACAUAAUCUUUCAUUGAAUCGUUACUUUAUCAAAGUACCAAGAAGUCAAGAGGAACCGGGCAAAGGUUCAUUCUGGAGGAUAGAUCCACAAUCCGAGGCAAAACUUAUUGAACAGGCAUUUCGACGUAGAAGACAACGUGGUGUUCCUUGCUUUAGAGCACCCUUUGGACUCUCCUCGAGGAGUGCACCAGCAUCACCUUCGCACGGUGGAAUUAGUGGCUUGAUGACACCAGAAUGUUUAAGUAGAGAAGGCUCACCUGGUCCGGAAUCAUAUCCAGAUAGCUCUGUUCCUUCACCAGCUGGACAACUCACGAGUCAAUCAGCUCCAGGAUCUCCAGGGCAUCCUUAUGCUCCUCCACCUCCUCACAAAGGUCGUUUAAUGCAACAAAUUACAGUUGUUACUAAUGGUGUUAAUAACGAUUCAGCUAGAGAAGAUAAAUAUUUGGUGCCUGGGACCGUAGUGGAGGAGCAUUCUUUGUCUCCGUCAGGACAAUAUAGUCCAGCGCCUGUUAUUGUACAAACGACUUAUAAUUAUAGUGGGAGCUUUAUUGGCCCUGAAUCAGGUGUUGGGGUGGGUAAACGUGCUCAUGAAGAACCUGACAGCUCGCCAGGUUCACCGGCUCCACUUGCCAUUGUUGAAAGUCCUGAACCACCUGAACAUCAACAGUCGCAGCAGAAACGCCAACGCGUUCACGACUCAGAUGAUCAUUGAAUUAUCUAGACCUUUUUCUAUUGUAGGAUAUUGUUAUAUUAAUUCACGUAUCGUCAGAUGAUUCGCCCAUUUUCUUCCACUUGAACAAUGUGUGUAUAUAUUACAUAUAUAUAUAUAAAUUUUUUUUUAAAUUUAAAAAUACAAAUUAUUUUUUUUUUUGUAGAAAGUUAUUUUUAAUGUCUUAUUUGUUGAUAAAAAAAAGAAGGAAAUUAAGUUUAAAAAAAGAGAAAAUUUUUGUAGAAAUUUAAAAAACUUAUUAAAGUUUGUGAAACUUUAGUUAAAAAAAAAAGAAAUACUGUUCUUAUUGAAUAUGGAGGGGUGGGAGGGAGAUAUAUAACGAUUGGCAUUAGUUUUCUUCGUUUCUUUUUGGAAGAAGAGCGGCUAAUACAUCUGAGAUUUGCGUAGAGUCCUAACCCACAAUUAUUCUCUGCAAAACGAUCAAGUUAAAAUUAAAAAUUAUAACUGCUGAAACCGGUUACGUGUGCUUGUAAUGUUUAUUAAAAAAAAAUAUUUUCAAAACACUCAAAAAAAAAGAAAAAAGUUAUACAGACUUCACAUCGAGCUCUCAUCCUCCCCCCCACCCACCAACCCCUUGGCCAAUUGGUCACUCCACCCCCUCGCCCCUCAGUCAAUUUCUGACUUUGAGCUGAUCGAUAAAAAGAAACAAUUUUUAU